UAGUAAAAUUUAUUAAUAAACCUAGCCAACAAGUUUUUACAACAAACAAAAUGAAAACUAUUAAAGAAGAACCUUGCCUCAAGAGAAAUUACAUUCUUCAACAUUUUUCGCUUGGCCUGCACAAAGAAUUUGCAAAUGAAGAAGCUAAAGACACAUGAGCUUGGCACCAUGAAGUGGGAUAUUGAGAGUUCCGAUGAUAAGUUGGACAGCGCCGAAGCUUUGCUGGAUGAAACUGAGCUGAGUGCCGAGUUCCGUAUGGAAAACUUUAUACAUCGCAUUCAAUCGAAAUAUGUGCUGGUUCGUCCAAAGUCCGAGGAAGUGUUUAAUGUGAAUGGGCCACAGGAAGCUAUUCGCUUAGGUGCAGAGCUGGCUGUCAAGACGCUUUCACAGGAGCACACAGUUGGCAACAAGUUACAGCUCAAGGUAACCGAGGUUUACAGCCCCUUUCAGUUCUGGUUUCUGGAGGCCAAAGAUGCCAAUCUGGUGACGGAGAUGUCCCAUAAGAUAUUCAACUUUUAUAGCGAUGGGCAUGGAUUGUGUUGGAUGCUGACGCCUCCCUUUCUGAAACCCGGCUACAUUUGCGCCGCCUUUCAUCAAUCCGCGUGGAAGCGUGCACGCAUCGUGAGUGUGAUCUCCGCCAGAGAGGUGUCCGUCUAUAUGCUUGACUAUGGCCAAAGUGCUCAAUUGCCGGCUAAUCAGCUGAAUUUUCUGCACAAGCAAUUCAUGCAACUUCCGGCAAUGGCAAUGCGUGGCACUUUGACGGACGUGUAUCCUCUAGAUUUGCAUUGGCCGGCGAAUGCGACGAACUACUUUAAAGUCCUGGUGCGUGGUCGUUAUGUUUAUGCCGUCAUUAAAGACACUGACAUCGAGGAUCGUACUCUCUUUGUCAAUCUUUGUGAUUCACCGGACUUGCAGCACAGCAUCAGCGAUCAGUUGAUCCGUAAUAAAUUGGCAGGCAUCAGUCGAAAUUAUAGCGCUAAAACGAUCGAAUCCAACAACGGACGACGUGUUCGCUAUAUACGCGAACGUCUGCCCAGCUUUGACAUGUUGGAACAGCAAUUGAUUAUCGCUGACUGCGAAAAAUUUGAAAAGAUGUUCGAUGGGAUCGUCUAUAAUUCACAAUUUUAUAGACACUUCAAGGCGCCCAAGUUGACGAAUCCUUUUCACAAAGAUCUCGAGAAUGCGUUGGACGACUGGUUGGAGAAACACAAGCGCAUUCAGCGCAUGAAUCCAUAAAAUGCUAUGCAUGUGACAAACUAUUUGCAGUUCGUAUCGAUAUUUUCAUUAAAUUUACAUCAGAUUAUAUAUCGGACAAGAAACCAAAACAAAAACAUUUAUUAUAAUAAACAUCAAUUUUACACAUAAUAAUCAACUU